UUCAGCCUCGUUCCCGGGUAGUAUAAAGUUUGCUGUCUCCUUUGUUCGCCCUCGUUGCGCAGUAGUGCUAGCGGCAUCUCCGUUCGGUUCCGGGUCUCGAUAGCUGUCAUAUAUACAUAUACAUAUAUAUAUAUUUUUUGGUGCCGCGCUGUUUGGAAGGUCCGGUCGGCGAGCUCGUAGGAGCUUGGGCCCGUCGCCACCCUCUCCGACUUCCUAGGAAAUCGUGUGGAGAAAAAGGAGAGCCUUGAGAAAAGGGGCUUGGUGUUAAGUUGCUGCAUCUGGCCAGUGACCUUGAAUGAGUCCGUAGUCUUUUAAAACCCAUCACUGCAGGAAUGAGGUGGGGUUGGGCGAGCGAGACUUUUGAGUAUUACUCGCCAGGAAAAAAAAUGGUUGAAGCAGAUCGCCCAGGAAAGCUCUUCAUUGGUGGGCUUAAUACAGAAACAAAUGAAAAAGCCCUUGAAGCAGUAUUUGGCAAAUAUGGGCGAAUAGUGGAAGUACUUUUGAUGAAAGAUCGUGAAACAAACAAAUCAAGAGGAUUUGCUUUUGUCACCUUUGAAAGUCCAGCAGAUGCUAAGGAUGCAGCCAGAGACAUGAAUGGAAAGUCCUUAGAUGGAAAAGCCAUCAAGGUGGAACAAGCCACCAAACCAUCAUUUGAAAGUGGUAGGCGUGGACCUCUUCCACCUCCAAGAAGCAGAGGUCCUCCCAGAGGUCUCAGAGGAGGAAGAGGAGGAAGUGGUGGAACUAGAGGACCUCCCUCACGUGGAGGACACAUGGAUGAUGGUGGCUAUUCCAUGAAUUUUAACAUGAGUUCUUCCAGGGGACCUCUUCCAGUGAAAAGAGGACCGCCACCACGAAGUGGGGGUCCUCCUCCUAAGAGAUCAGCACCUUCAGGACCAGUUCGCAGCAGCAGUGGAAUGGGAGGGAGAGCCCCUGUAUCACGUGGAAGAGACAGUUAUGGAGGCCCACCCCGAAGGGAACCCCUGCCUUCUCGAAGAGAUGUUUAUUUGUCCCCAAGAGAUGAUGGAUAUUCUACUAAAGAUAGCUACUCAAGUAGAGAUUACCCAAGUUCUCGGGACACAAGAGAUUAUGCGCCACCUCCAAGAGAUUACACUUACCGUGAUUAUGGUCAUUCCAGUUCACGUGAUGACUAUCCGUCAAGAGGCUAUAGUGAUCGAGAUGGAUAUGGUCGGGAUCGUGACUAUUCAGAUCAUCCAAGUGGAGGCUCCUACAGAGAUUCAUAUGAGAGUUAUGAGUUGCUGAAGCAGAAGAAUGCUGAUUAUCCCAACAGCUGCGUAACAGUGCUCAUCACAGUUGGUUUGGUGCAGGCAAUAGGUUUUAUUUUUGUCUUUUUGAGGGUUCUUGUGGAUCUGAGGGAGGCAUCCAUGUUGGUAACUAGGGAGCAGUAAAGAUUUAGUGGUAGAAGGGAAACAGAAAUUGGUAAGUGGAGGAGGUACCCAGUAAAUGUAUGUGGCUCUUCAUGAAGAUUUUUAAAGCUUUGGCUUUGCUUUUGUUACCUUAAAGUUAAGGCGACAACUCUUAAUAUCCAAAACUAAUUACCACUGAAUUUCAGAAUGAUAAAUUAGGUGCUGGGGCUGUAUACUCACUCAGAAGUGCAGGGGUCUAGCAUACUACGAAGCACUCUGGGUUUAAUCCCUAGCACUGUCAAAAAGAAGUUUCUGAUAAUGCCUAUCAGAAAGUGGAUAAGCAUAAGUGGUAUGUUUUAUCCAGUAGUGUCUGGUGAAACUAGCUUAUCAAGAACGCGUAGUUGUAUGGCAAAACCAAAAUGAGGGAGGAAUAAUAAAGGGAAAUGAAACUUAACUGGAAACAUUGCUGAGAUGAUAGCACACUUGAAACUGGAAACAAAAUUAGGCCACUUGUUUAUUUCAUAAGCCUACUUUAUCUCAACUCCUAGUCACAGAAACAAAUUGUUACAGUACAACUCCAGUUAAUGCUUUGGAAACUAGUCAAUAAUGUUAAAUGCUAAUGUGCUCAAAGGAAAAGGAAUUGAGUUGCUCCGUUGAAGGAAGCAAUUCAACUUCGGAAAUUUUUUGCAUAGCAGCUUAAAUAACUAUCAUGUUUUUAACACUUGUGAUUGGGGAAAAUAUGCAAAAAAUUUAAACCUCAUUGGUCACAUUCAUAAUCAGACUGUGAGGGUAUUGACCAAAUUUCAGUAGUUGCACUUGAAAAGCUAUCUUAGCUCAAGCCUUCCAUAAUCUUCUACUUGAGUUAGGUGCUUCUAUGAGGACCUUUUGGCUCUUGAGAUUUUAUUUAGAUUUAGAUUAGAUAUCUUAGUUAUAGUAUAAAAUAGAGAAACUAAUUGUAGUAAGUAUGAAUACUAAAUUUAAGGAAUAUGCUUAAAUACAACUGAUCAGUGGUUUACUGACUGACCCAGCAGGAUUAAUUCUCCCAUUGGGAAAAGAAUUGGUCUUCAUUAUUUUUGCUGGUUGUAAAAGAAUGAUAAAAAAUCUUUUCCUUGUUUAGUAGAUAAACAUAGAAUUUAGGUAUUAUAGAUCACUUUUUGGAAUGUUUUUGUAUUGAAACCUAAUAAAACUUUUAACAUGUA